GGAAAUAUAUUUGUCGUUAGUCUGGCUGUGGCAGAUCUUGUGGUGGCCAUCUACCCAUAUCCCUUGGUACUGACAUCGAUAUUUAGAAAAGGAUGGAAUCUUGGAUAUCUCCACUGCCAAAUUAGUGGAUUCUUGAUGGGAAUAAGCGUCAUAGGAUCUAUAUUCAACAUUGCUGGUGUUGCAAUCAACCGUUAUUGUUACAUUUGUCAUAGCCUCAAAUACGACAAGUUAUACAGUGACAAAAAUUCAUUGUUCUAUGUGAUUCUGAUUUGGGUGCUAACAUUCAUUGCCAUUGUGCCAAAUUUAUUUGUUGGAUCUUUACAGUAUGAUGCUCGGAUCUAUUCAUGUACAUUCACGCAGUCUGUCAGCUCCGCGUAUACCAUAGCAGUGGUAUUUUUCCAUUUUAUACUCCCAAUUACUAUUGUAACUUUUUGCUACUUACGUAUUUGGAUCUUGGUUAUACAGGUGAGACGUAGAGUAAAGCCUGAUAAUAAACCUAAGCUGAAACCUCAUGAUUUCAGGAACUUUUUGACCAUGUUUGUGGUUUUUGUGUUAUUUGCAGUCUGCUGGGCACCACUGAACUUCAUAGGCCUGGCUGUGGCUGUGAAUCCAGACACAAUUCUCCCCAGAAUUCCUGAAUGGUUGUUUGUUGGCAGUUAUUAUAUGGCAUAUUUCAACAGUUGCCUUAAUGCUAUUAUAUAUGGUCUCCUGAACCAGAAUUUCAGGAGGGAGUACAAGAGGAUUAUCAUUUCUAUUUGUACUGCAAAGAUAUUCUUUCAAGAAAGUUCAAAUGAUGGAGCAGAGAAGAUUAAAAGCAAACCAUCACCAAUGUUGACAAACAAUAAUCAGGUCAAGGUUGACUCUGUGUGA